CUCAUAUCAUUUACCCUUAUCCCAUUGGUUUUCUCCUUCUUUCUACGCUAAAACAAAGAAAAGGAAAAAGCAAUGGCUCUCCAAACACAAACUAUGCUUCUUGUUAUUGCCAUUUCUUUCUUCCUAUCAAUUCUUCCCUCUAAGGCAUAUGAUUACCCAUCAACAUCUCUUUCACCAUCACCAUCCUUAGAUUCAUCCUCAGAUUCAUCAUCUGUCUCUUCCUCUUCUCAAAUCUUUGAUAUUCCCACAAAACCUCUAGUUGCCAAAGCAAGUGAUAUUCCUUCAUUUGUCAAAGCAAGUAUGGUUGGUACCAUGACCAAGACCGAGGAAUUCAUCAAGAAUGUCAUUGAUAAAAGGUUGGCUAAUAAAGAUAUGGACAGCUAUCAUAAGGAUUGCCUCGAGACAUGCAAGGAAGUUUACGAAGACGCCAUGGAUUCCAUGACGAAGGCCACAGAAGAUGUCAAUUUAGGAAAUUACUUCAAAGCCAAUGUGGAUAUUAGUGCCAUGACCUCAUUCAUUGAGACUUGCAAAGACUGUGCCGCCGAGAUGUAUGGAGAUGACCCUGCCUUUCAGAAAUUUCAGAAUUGGGCUGAAGGCAUUGCCAGCGAUUGUCUUGAUAAAGUCGCUGGCGCGAGGAGUUAAUAUGGUAUUCAAUUUAUAACAUAUGAAACCAAGAAUUGUUGGUUGCUCUCUAAGUCAGGUGGUUUGGUGGAAUAAUUGUGACGUUUUGAAAGAGGAGUAGGGAAGAAAGUGAUAUUAUGAUACGCUUUUUCAACAUUUUCCUUGUGUCUUCUUUACACAGUGGAUUGUGUUGUAUUAAGGGGGAAAAUGUGGUGAUGACUCUAUGCUACAUAUUAGGGUUUCAUUAAAACUAUAUCUAAUGAAUCUAUUUCACAUAUUUCGAUUCAAGUAACUCUAAAUUUUAUUGUUUUC